AUCUGUGUCAUAUUUACGUAACCAUUGUGAAUAGGUUAACUUUGCGCGUAUAUAAUCGUAUACAUUCGGUCCAAUCAAUAUGAGAAAGUUUUAACAAUAUAAUUUGCGGUCCAUAUUGUCAUAUUCAAAGCUAUUUAAAUAUAGGAAGCGAAAGAUCACGUCCGGACAGAAUGUCCUGUUUUUCAAAGUCGUUUCUGCGAUGGAUGUCAACGUCGAGUUUUAAAAAAUUUGGCACAGUAGCCGAAGCCGUGCAACUGCCGGAGGAGGCAAUUCAAACGUUUCGAACGACCGAAAAUAAUCCUAUUAAUCACUCAACCGAUCACUUAAGUAAAUUUUACACCGUACCUGAUCAGAUACAGAAUAAGUUGUUUCAUUAUGGAGGUUUUCCUAAAGAGUUCCAAAAUCAAGUAAAGACUUUCGCAGAAACUUGCAUUUUGAUCAGGCAACCAACUGUUGAGAUCUUAUCGUAUCUGCGACAAGCCGAUUAUUCAAAAUCUGUAAAUAGGUAUGUGCUAUAUGGCAAACCUGGUGUGGGUAAAUCGUUAAUUCUUGCACACAUAAUUCAUUAUGGAUAUAUGAAUAAUCAAAUUAUUAUUCAUAUACCAUGGGUAUCAUAUUGGUUUCGAUAUCCCAAGGAAAUAGCGCCAAGCACGACAGAAGGAAUUUUUGAUUUACCACUGCAUGCGGCUGCUUGGCUGUUGCACUUUAAAAAUCAGAAUGAUCAUCUUUUAUCGACACUUGAUUUAAAAAUUUCAAAAGAAUAUGUUUGGAAUCAAAGAGAAUCAAUGAUGGCUGGAACAUCGAUCCUUGAACUCGUUAAUUUUGGCAUAAAUCGUGUGAAAUAUGCAUGCCAAGUUGUAACUGCAUUAAUUGAUGAGGUCAAAGCAGCCAGCACUGCAGGAAAGUGUAGCACGCUGAUUGCAAUAGAUGGUUUUAAUGCCUUUUACUAUGACAAAACCAAGAUUAUUGUCAAUCAUAAAACCAUUCCACCCAGUAAAAUAUCUUUAACGGAAGCUUUUAAGAAUGCAGUCAAGUAUGAUUGGUGUAACGGAGCAGUGGUAUUGACACUUGAUAAAUUAGCCAGUGAUCCGCGUGUUGAAUCACAUCUUCCACGAUUUUUAUUGGGUAAAGAUGGCUUUGAGCAUCUGGACCCAUUUUUACCAGUGAGUGUAGAAAAUUAUACAAAUGAUGAAUUCAGUGCAGUCAUCGAGUAUUAUAAAAAUCGUAAAUGGAUUCGAGACAUAACUAGCACAGGAGAGAAGGAAUUGCAAUUAAAAUCAGUGGGAAAUCCCUACACACUUAUGCAGUACUGUAUCCCAUUAUGAAAGGGCAAUAUUUGUAGCAACUUACAGAAACGCCCACCUUUUUUGGUUAGUGUAAAUAUAAUGUUCUUUUCAUAGAAGUACAAUCCCUAUUUCUUGUAUAUCAUAACAGGAAACAAACAUACAUUGUCAACUCGGUUGAAUCGAUCAAUCCAUUUUGUACUUCAGCUUGUUCAUGCCCAUCAUUUGCGCAUCUUACUUUUACUUUAACUCUAAGGUGUGACAUUGGCUUAUAUACAGAUUAAACAAUCCAUAAUAAAGUUUUUGCAAGUA